UUGCAACGAUUUUAGCUUUAACUAACUCUAAUGUUUUUUAGUGGUCGUCAGUGAGAAGAGGAGAAAUGGCCAAAUCCACCCAGUUAAUUGACAAUGAAGUCUUCCGGGCUUAUGCUACUUAUGCAGGCAUUGUUCUUAUAAAAAUGAUGCUGAUGAGUCUGAUAACAGCAUACUUCAGGAUCACAAGGAAGGCAUUUGUCAACCCAGAAGAUACAGAAUCAUUUGGAAAAGGGGAGAAUGCUAAGAAAUACCUGAGGACUGAUCCAGAUGUUGAACGUGUACGCAGAGGCCACCUGAACGACCUGGAGAACAUUGUCCCCUUUGUUGGCAUUGGACUGCUGUAUGCUCUGAGUGGCCCUGAGCUUUCCACGGCCCUGCUGCACUUCAGGAUCUUCACUGGGGCUAGGAUCCUUCACACUUUUGCCUACUUGAUCCCCCUUCCCCAGCCUGGCAGAGGCUUGUCGUGGGCAGUUGGCUACUCAGUGACCUUCUCCAUGGCCUACAAAGUCCUGAAGACAGCAUGGCUCCUGUAGCAGAGCUGUCAUUUCUGUGUCCCCUUUGACAUUCCACACAAAGUUCCCAGCACUGUACCAUGAUGUCUUGAGUGAGCCAUUGAGUCUUCUGUGGUAACUGGAAUUCUUUUUUCUCUUUUUUUUUUUUUUUUUUUUUUUUAACAAAACCUUUUUGUUCCUGUUCAGAAGUGUUUCUUUUUUGGAGGAAAAAAAACCCUUCUCCCUCUAUUCCCUGUGCAUGGGUUGCACUGCCAAAUACUAGAUUGGAUGUUCCCUUUGCAAUUUGUCAAGUGCUUACAAUUCUAAACAUGAGAUGAUGCUGUAUUGAUAGAGUGUUUGAUAAUUUUCUACAGAUGCACUAUUUUUGGCUGUAGCUCUGAAGUCUAAAUCAAUAAAGACAAGAUUAAAAAAAAA